GGCGCGCCCAGGCCGUGACCGGGAAGGGGCGCGCGGCCGCACUGGGGCCCGGGCCCAUGGGCGCGAGGAGCCGGGCUUGGGGGCGCUGAGCGGGCGGGCGCGGCCGGAGGAGCCAUGGACUGCAGCCUCGUGCGGACGCUCGUGCACAGAUACUGUGCAGGCGAGGAGAACUGGGUGGACAGCCGGACCGUCUACGUGGGGCACCGGGAGCCCCCUCCGGGUGCCGAGGCCUACAUCCUGCAGAGGUUCCCGGACAACCGCAUCGUCUCCUCCAAGUACACGUUCUGGAACUUCAUACCCAAGAACCUGUUUGAACAGUUCAGAAGAAUAGCCAACUUCUAUUUUCUUAUCAUAUUUCUGGUACAGCUGAUCAUCGACACCCCCACGAGCCCGGUGACGAGCGGCCUCCCGCUGUUCUUCGUCAUCACCGUCACGGCCGUCAAGCAGGGCUACGAGGACUGGCUCCGCCACAAGGCCGACAGCGCUGUGAACCAGUGCCCCGUCCACUUCGUCCAGCACGGCAAGCUGGUCCGGAAGCAGAGCCGGAAACUGAGGGUCGGGGACAUCGUCAUGGUCAAGGAGGAUGAGACCUUCCCCUGCGACCUGGUCUUUCUGUCCAGCAGCCGCGCAGACGGGACCUGCCACGUGACCACCGCCAGCCUGGACGGGGAGUCCAGCCACAAAACCCAUUAUGCAGUUCAAGACACAAAGGGGUUUCACACUGAAGAGGACGUCGGCGGCCUGCACGCCACCAUCGAGUGCGAACAGCCCCAGCCCGACCUCUACAGGUUUGUGGGCCGCAUCAACGUCUACAGCGAUCUGAAUGACCCCGUGGUGAGGCCAUUAGGAUCGGAAAACUUGCUUCUUAGAGGAGCCACGCUAAAGAACACCGAGAAAAUCUUUGGUGUUGCUGUCUACACGGGCAUGGAGACCAAGAUGGCUCUGAAUUACCAGUCAAAGUCCCAGAAGCGAUCUGCUGUGGAAAAAUCCAUGAACGUCUUCCUCAUCGUGUACCUCUGCAUCCUGAUCAGCAAAGCGCUGAUAAACACCGUCCUGAAGUACGUCUGGCAGAGCGAUCCAUUCCGAGACGAGCCGUGGUACAAUCAGAAGACGGAGUCGGAGAGACAGAGGAACCUGUUCCUCAGGGCCUUCACCGACUUCCUGGCCUUCAUGGUGCUCUUCAACUACAUCAUCCCUGUGUCCAUGUACGUCACCGUGGAGAUGCAGAAGUUCCUGGGCUCCUACUUCAUCGCCUGGGACGAGGAGAUGUUCGACGAGGAGAUGGGGGAGGGGCCCCUGGUCAACACCUCGGAUCUGAACGAAGAAUUGGGGCAGGUGGAGUACGUCUUCACGGACAAGACCGGCACCCUCACCGAAAACAACAUGGAGUUCAAGGAGUGCUGCGUGGGGGGCCACGUGUACGUGCCGCACGCCGUCUGCAACGGGCAGGUGCUCCCCGACGCCUCAGCCAUCGACAUGAUCGACGCAUCCCCAGGCGCCAGCGGGCGGGAGCAGGAGGAGCUGUUCUUCCGGGCCCUCUGUCUCUGCCACACCGUCCAGGUGAAGGAGGACGACGAGGUGGAUGGGCCCAGGAAGUCGCCGGACGCAGGGAGACGCAGCGCGUACAUCUCUUCCUCUCCUGACGAGGUGGCCCUGGUCGAAGGUGUCCAGAGGCUUGGUUUCACGUACCUGCGGCUGAAGGACAAUUACAUGGAGAUCUUGAACAGGGACAAUGACGUUGAGAGGUUUGAAUUGCUGGAGAUCCUGAGCUUUGACUCAGUGAGGAGGAGAAUGAGUGUGAUUGUCAGAUCCGCUGCAGGAGAAAUUUAUCUGUUUUGCAAAGGAGCAGAUUCUUCAAUAUUUCCCCGAGUGAUAGAAGGCAAAGUGGAGCAGAUCCGAUCGCGAGUGGAGCACAACGCGGUGGAGGGGCUCCGGACCCUGUGUGUCGCCUACAGGAGGCUCACCCAGGAAGAGCACGAGGGCGUCUGCAAGCUGCUGCAGGCCGCGCGGGUGGCCCUUCAGGACCGGGAGAGGAAGUUAGCGGAAGCCUACGAGCAGAUAGAGAAGAACCUCGUGCUGCUUGGCGCUACGGCCGUGGAGGACCGGCUGCAGGAGAAGGCGGCCGACACCAUCGAGGCGCUGCAGAAGGCGGGCAUCAAGGUGUGGGUGCUCACGGGCGACAAGAUGGAGACGGCGGCCGCCACCUGCUACGCCUGCAAGCUGUUCCGGAGGGGCACGCAGCUGCUGGAGCUCACCACCAAGAAGCUGGAGGAGCAGAACCUGCACGACGUGCUGUUUGAGCUGAGCAAGACUGUCCUCCGCUGCGGCGCAAGCCUGACCAGGGACAGCUUCUCGGGACUUUCAGCAGAGAUGCAGGACUAUGGAUUAAUCAUCGACGGAGCCGCACUGUCUCUAGUCCUGAAACCCCGGGAGGACGGAAGCUCCGGCAACUACAGGGAGCUCUUCCUGGAGAUCUGCCGGAACUGCAGCGCCGUGCUCUGCUGCCGGAUGGCCCCCCUGCAGAAGGCCCAGAUCGUUAAGUUGAUCAAAUUUUCAAAAGAGCAUCCUAUCACUCUGGCCAUCGGUGACGGAGCCAACGACGUCAGCAUGAUCCUGGAGGCCCACGUGGGCAUUGGCGUCAUCGGAAAGGAGGGGCGCCAGGCCGCCAGGAACAGCGACUACGCGAUACCGAGGUUUAAGCAUUUGAGGAAGAUGCUGCUCGUUCACGGGCAUUUUUACUACAUCAGAGUAUCCGAGCUCGUGCAGUACUUCUUUUACAAGAACGUCUGCUUCAUUUUCCCUCAGUUUUUAUACCAGUUCUUCUGCGGGUUUUCUCAACAGACGCUGUACGACACUGCCUACCUGACGCUGUACAACAUCAGCUUCACGUCCCUGCCCAUCCUGCUCUACAGCCUCAUGGAGCAGCACGUCGGCGUGGACACGCUCAGGAGGGACCCCUCGCUCUACAGAGACAUCGCCAAGAACGCUCUCCUCCGCUGGCGGGUGUUCAUUUACUGGACGUUCCUGGGCGUGUUCGAUGCUCUGGUGUUUUUCUUCGGUGCUUACUUCAUGUUUGAAAACACAACAGUGACCAGCAACGGACAGGCCGUUCCUCAGUUACCAGAGGAUGUACUACGUGUUCAUCCAGAUGCUGUCCAGCGGGCCCGCCUGGCUGGCCAUCGUCCUGCUCAUCACCGUCAGCCUGCUGCCCGACGUGCUCAAGAAAGUGCUGUGCAGGCAGCUGUGGCCCAGUGCCACCGAGAGGGUCCAGACCGCGCACUUGGUGUCAGGACCACCUCUCUGAAGUUACCCCCUUGCCUCUCUGUAGACCCCCACCCUGGGCAGCGCCCCUUCCCAGCCCCGGUCUCUCAGACUUCCUGCCUGUCCAGCCGGAGACCCUGCCCCGGUGGCCCAAGGGGAGGCCAGAGGGACAGAUCACUGUGCCAGCCCUUAAGAGCCACACAGUGUGUGCCUCUCCUGGCAGAGAAGGGAGGGAGCACAAUGGAGGAUGCGGCAGAAGCCGUCCCAUUCCUGCAUAGCUCAGCGGUGACUACAGAGGACACAGCAUGGAGCCCCGCCCCUCCAUGAGGACAUCUGCUUGGAGACCAUGGUCCGUCCAGGCAGAGGCCGCACCACGACCUCCAGGCCAGGGAAGCACAGCCUGGAUGUGCCCUCCGACGUGGGGGUCUGGCCCCCCUGCUGCUGAUCUCCCAAUACCCCUGUUUUCUGAACUGGCCGGCAGGCCCCAGUGACCGGCACCACUGACGCUGCUGUCGGAGCCCUGCACCGGGAAGCUGGCUGAUGCAUCCAAUCCCGAGUCCACUUCUCUGGGGGGGCCGGCACUGGUGUGUUUGGGGUGUCUCCUCUCCACCCCCCGCUGCCUCUGUGCGGAGGAGGCCACUGUCCAUUAAAGCUUCUCAGUGCAGGGUCUGAGAUAUGUCAUCACACCCCCGAGGACCAGCUGGCCGGUUUGCUGUUGCCGGGAACUGCUGGCUUCAGGGCGCUGAGGGGAAGGGUGGGGUCUGGGUGCCCAGGUAGGCAUCUGGCUGUGGUGGUCAGAACCCCUUUCCAGCGUCCCUACCGAGAGUGGCCUCUGGGGGUGGUGCUGUCUCCCCAGGUUUGUGUUGGGCCCCCUGGGUCUGACCAGGUGGCUGGGAAUCCUAAACAGCAGUACCGCGCCCCGGGCCACCGCCCACACUGACCAGGCCUCGCUCCGAGCUGUCCGUCUGGUCCCUGCUCUGCGGCAGGUGCCGGCGGCACUUUCUUUGGGGUGGGAAACCACCACCAGGCAGCUGCCGUGUGAAGUCCCUGUGCUUUUCGGUACCUUUAUCUCUGUUUCUAGAAAUAACCCAUUCGACAUAGCCUUAACGGUCCAUAAACAAGACAUUUCAGUCUGAGAUUCAACCUUCAGAUAGUAAAACCGAUGCCUUUUUAGGAAAGCGUCACCCAGAAGCUAAGCGUUGUUCCCCUGCUGGGUUCGCCUGCGGGACUCGGGGAUGUCGUGAGCAAACGCUGAGUCCUCUUCUGAGAUGCUCGAUGUUAGGGAUUUGGGGAAGUUCCACUUUCACAGUUUGACUGUAUAAUGUUUUACCUAUAAAAUAUUUAUCUGAACUAGGGGGUGAAUUAGCAGUGAGAGCCGUGUACACAGGUAGUUGGGAUGAAGGGUGAACACCUACCAAAGACGAGGAUGAAGGGCGCAGGCUCAGAGUGAGAUGGGGGCGGGGGCACCUGUCCGUCCGAGGGGCCUCCAGCCCACUCCCUGCCCUCUGUCACUCCUGCCCCACCGCCUGUGUGUGGUCCACAACACCCUGCAAGCAGUGGGGGCAUUUUUACAGCCGUUUUUAAGAACCUAAUAUGGGUAUAAAUGUAAUACCUGUGGGGGGGGGCAGAUCCUCUGUAUGUUUAGUUAACAAAUUCUUUGUAAUGUAUUUUUUUAGAAAUCUUAAAAUUGCCUUUGCACUGAAGUAUUUUCGUAGCUGUUUAUACCUCUUUUAUUCUUUCAUUUGUUACUGCACCAUUUCUAAUUUUUAAAGUAUGUUUUUAAAGCUUUUAUUUUUUAAGUUGAUGAAAUUUUGGCCACUUUACAUUUAAAUUCUGGUGGGAGUUUUGGCUGAAUGUCUCAAUAGCUGGUGAAUGUGAAUUUUCAGAUUUGAUUUUAUUCUCAACAUCUGUUCGUUUUUUGGUGUUUCCAAUGGGAAUGGGUAGUUAAAAGGCAUCUUUAGUGUAUGAUAAUUUGCUAUGCUUUUUCUUCACAAUUCAUUGCAAUUUCAUCUGCUUUUUGUUUGGUUUUUCAUUUCUAUCCUUCAGCCUUAAAAGAGAAGCUUUUUGAUGGUUAGGAUUGAGAUGUUUACCAUUUACCUCGGGUAAUUCAAGUCUCCUUAUGAAGGUCACUGACCUUUACACGUUCCAAACUGUCUUUUUUAAAUUGUUUGGGAAAUUAUUAAGUGACCGCCUGGUCACUGGAAAUAAGCGAGGGGCCCCAGAUGAACAGUGAGAUGAAAGGAGGGAAGGACGUUCCAGAGAAGACUUCACGCGGCCCGCCUCCCGGUGGUCAGUCCUUACUUGCCUUAAACCUACCUUAACGCAAGUAACUGAAGCACUUCCCUUGGUUUUGGGAAUCUUAGUCUCAGCCGCACGUUAACGAAUUCCUACCGGCGUUUCGCACGUGGGUCCGGACAUCCGGGCCCUGACGCGCACGCGUCCCCCGGAGCAAGCUGACCCUCGGCGCGUUGCGUGGCCGCGUCGGUCCGCGCCUGUGCAGCCCGCGCACGCGCGUGUCCCGCCCGGGCCCCGGAAGUGCGGCCCCGUUAGACCCCCAGUGCUGUGCCCUUGACGCCGUGGGCGAACGCAGGCCGGGCGCCCCGCGAGGGCCCGGGGAGGGCCCGCUUCUGCAGCAGCAGGUUCCUGCAAGUGUGGUUUGGCCUGGUGAGGUUUAGCAGCUUUAACUACAGAAAUGCCUCACCACGCGCUGUCACUAUUCCUAAAUUGUUGGGCAUCAACCAAAAAUUCAGAGCACCCAGAGGGAAGUUCCCGACCUUUUUCUUUAAAACCACUAAGUUCAUCUGUUUUGCACUGAUUGUUAAUAACCUAAUGCAGCCACUUCUACUUCAUCUUAAAAUUAAUGGUAUUUAUUUGACGACUCAAUGUAACAGCUUGCUAUGCAUUUCCUUUUAGAAGGUUCCCGUUUGUAACUUUAAAAACAGGAAAAAUGUCAGUCGGCAGAUGCAUUCAUUCUUUUGUUUUUCUUAAGUUAGAGGGCAGGUGAAUGGGGGGGACACUCAUUCGAUGUUGUCUACGAACAAAGCUUUAAUGAAAUGUGAUGGAGUAUUAUUAAAGUAUGAUUCUACUUUUGCAGAAAAAAAUCUAAAGAUCAGUUUAUAUAGCUUUGUUUUUCACCUUAUCAGAAUAUACAGAAUUUUAAUAUGCAUAUAUUGUCUCCGACUUAAAAUUAUAAUGUGUGUCUGCAUUGCUGUUUAAAAUGUCCAUUCAUUAUGUAAUGUAAUAAAAGAGAAUCUCCAGAAAUGUAUUUAAAACAGAUGGUAUCUAUAGUUGUCGCCAUAAAUACUGGAAUUUAUUUUUAAAUUAUUGAACAUAGUAGGUGCGUUUAAGAUAAUAAAUCAGCCUCCAAACAGUAAUGUUUAACUGAUAAUAAUUCACUAACCUGCUUUGAAAAAUUAAAUUGUGAAUUAAACCAAAUCUUACAUUUCUGUAAAAUUUACUUUGUAUGCUAUUAUUUUUAACUUUUAUUUCUGUAGGUAAAUGAUGUCUUCAUAAUAUUAAUUAUAAUUGGACUUUUCUGCAGAUUAUCUAAGCAGGAAACCUGAAUCUGCUUGCAAUAAAGAAGAGAGGGAAAA